AUGGCAGAAGAGUUGAGGAGUCGCUCACCAAGAGCAGGCUAUGAAGCAGAACAAGAUCAAGUGCAAAAGCAAGAGCAACUCGAAGCAUCCAAGCAGGCCAUUGUCUCCAGCUGGCCAGACUCAGCCGGACCAGCAGACCGCACACAAGCUGUUGAACAGCUGGUCAAUCGCCAUGACAACGUGAAGGGAAAAUACGCAAGCACCACCACCCUUCGCACAAAACAAAGAUGGUCCCAAUUCAGCAUAGCGGAAUUUCUCACAAAAGAGGCCAGAAACGAAUUUGUGGAACUUGUGGGAAAGGAUGCCCUGAUUUGCCAUGAACAAAUCGCAGUGGGUAGAGCCCAGCUGCGGGGUGGCCUCUCUGGUUUCCCCUUCGGUGUGCUGUCCACAGAGAUCGGACCUGCAGGUGCCCUUGCCUUUGGGGCUGCCGAAGUCGCCUUUGGCGAUACUGGGGCUGCCUGGGUCGCCUUUUGGGAUUGGUGGUGCCUUGGCUGGCGCCUUAGCUGGGACCUUUGGAGGGGUCUUUGGAGCCAAUGGCGACAGAACGGAACCACACGAAGGGCAGACGGAUGCAAGCCACAAGACUUUUUCAACAUUCACAUCGAGACACCUGCCAAGCAGACAGCAGCAGCCCUUGACACACAGCACGCCACACUGCAGCACCAGCGGAAGCAAACCCACACCAAAGAUGAGGACGAUGAGAUGGACGGAGGUCUUCCUGACCUGAGAAGGCAGCGCAAAGGUGAGGGCAAGCAUGCGGCGCAAAGGCGCCAGUAG